AUGUCAGAAAAUUUCUCCGACAUGGCCUACUAUGAAGACAUAUGUGAGAUAGAGAACACGAUAACAUGUAUACUAUGCAAAAUCUCACUAGUAAACAACAGCACAGCUAUAGAACUGCAUAUAAAUGGGGAAAACCAUAAGAUGUUUUAUAUUCAAAGAACCUUGAUACUAAAUAAUAUGCAGGGAAACUAUUGUAAAAUCUGUAAUAGUGACUUCUUAGACCUAAGCCACAUUCAAAUGUCAAAACAUAAGGAGCAACUGUACCAGAUGCAAAGCUUAGUUGAAAAAGAUGGGGCAUUUAUUGAAUUGCCAUCAAAUAUUUUACAAGAGUGGGCUCCAAGUGAGCUAGGGACAAAUUCUCAUUGUACUAUUUGUGAUCAGUAUCUACAAUUCACAUUUAAAGAUAUUAACUAUCAUAUUAAUAGCCAUAAGCAUAAGCGAUCCAAAGCAAUGGCACUGCAACCAUUCAAUGGUAUAAUCUCUGUCGCAGGCAGUGAUCAGGACUUGUGGUGCAAAAUCUGCCAGAAGUACUUUGCUAAUUACAUAGAGAAAAUAUUUGAACAUGUGGAUGAUAAGGACCAUUUUAUCAAGUUAAACAAAAUUGUUCGGUUGAUUGACGGACAAGACAUAACUGUUGAUAAUUAUCUUACAAAUACAACGGAAGAUAAGGCAACUUGUAACAGAUGUAAAACUCAGGUUUCUUGCAAUGUUGAUAAUUUGGAACGACAUAUUAAGGGGAAGAGACAUACAGGUGCUGUAAAGGACAUAAAAUUACAAUAA